AAAGAAACAGGCAACCUAAAAGUAAAAAUGACCGUUAUCUAAAGCGUCACCUGUCACUUGCUCUUACUUUGAAGUAAAUCUCUAAUGCUUCCGGCAUGCGUGCAGCUCACUGUGCGUGACUUGACGCGCCUCUCCUCCGCGUAGUCUCGCAUUUUGAGGGGCGAAGCCGCAUGACAGCGUUUCCACAAUGCGGCCGUGAAGUGCUCCAUGUAGUAAACGGAGAGGGAUUCAGGAGGAGGACAGCGGAGGGUUACCGGCUUUACACCGAACCUGCGUGCCAGGAACCGGGAGGGAAUAAAAUGUCGAACCGAAAGCACCGGGACAACCAGGAGAUCUGCGCCCGCAAGGUCCGUGAGCUGGCCCAGUCCGGAGUAAACAAACACUGCUUCGAGUGCAACCAACCCGGAGUGACUUACACCGACAUCACGGUGGGCAGCUUCGUCUGCACGUCGUGCUCCGGAAUGCUGAGAGGCCUCAACCCUCCCCAUAGGGUCAAGUCAAUCUCCAUGACAACCUUCUCCCAACAGGAAGUGGAGUUCCUCCAAAACCAUGGCAACGAGGUCGGGAGGAGGACUUGGCUGUGUGUGUUUGACCCAAAGACAGACGGCUGCUCAGACAUGAAGGACUCUCAGAAGUUCAAAGAGUUCCUCCAGGACAAAUAUGAGAAGAAAAAGUGGCAUUUUUCCAAAAGUAAGAACCGGAGGGAUGUCGAGGGUCCUUGGAGCCCAGGGGUCCAGGCCAUGCCCCCUUCACAUGGUCCCUUAGCGAGCCAGGCCCCCUCGCAUAACCUUCCCCCCAACGCCAGGUCCACAAGGCCACUGUCUCAGUCCCAGCUGCCGUCUUGGGAUCGAGCUCCUGUGAUCUCGCCUGCUGACAUGCGGACGGACAUGUUUACCGCUCGGCCAUCGCGCUCCCAAAGCUUCAGAGAUCCCUCUCUGAAAGAUCCCACCCUGUGUGGGAUAGAACGGCAGCGGCCAGGCUCCCUGUCAUCAGCACUGGGAGCUCAGAGCCACGGCCCCUCCUUCCCCGCCCUACCGCGCCCCUCAGUCAGUAGCUCUUUCAAAAACCACUUCACUUUAGGUCGUACAAUAUCAGCCUCGGGCACCACAGGGCCCUUCAGGGCCUUCCCCAAGUCUCUCAGCGUCGACUUUGGAGGUCUGAACCAUCCGCCGCAGCAGCAGCAGCAGCAGCAGCAUCUGCCCCAGGCUCUGUCACAGCAGCAGCCUGGAAGCGUCGGCCAGACGACACCGCCAGUUAGCAGCGGAAACGCCCAGGAUAGAUAUGCUGCGGUGUUACAGCUGGACAGCGUCUUCUCCGACACAUCAACAGCCACAGCUCCACCUGCUGGUCCUCCGCAGUACAGCACCAUCUUUGGCAGCAGGCUCUCUUCCAGCUCUACUCCUGCCAGUUCCCCCGGUGUCGAUACAGUCUCCAGCUCCCAAACCUUUGCAAAUUUCCCCAACCCAUUCAGCUCCGGCUCCAGCUCUGCUUCCCAGCAGCCCGUUGCCCUCUCCCCCAGUAACCCCUUCAGCAACGCAUCAGGAGGUGACUCCAGCGCGUUUGUCACCUCGCCGACCUCCGUUUUUCCUCCGUCCGCCUCUUUCCAAGCGCCCACCACCCAGAAUGCAUUUCCUCACGAGUCCGCCAGCAACCAGGAAGCCAAUGGUUUUGCCUCCUUCCCUGCACCCGACUCUCAGCCCAAAGUCCCUCGGCCGAUGUCGGUGAACCCGUUUACGGGGAAUGUUUACCCCAGUCGAGGGACUUCGCGAAAUCCUUUCAUCUGACCCUCCCUCCUCUCUCCCUACAUUAGCGCCCCCCCCCCACCCCCACCCCCAACUUUCAUCUCUGGGAACCGAGGGAGAAGUGAACUUGAGGAGUCACUGCCAUUUCAAUGCCUUUGGAGUAUUUUCACCCUCUAAAGGGAGGGUCUGACCCCCUCCCUUCUUCUCCUCCUCUCUCUCUCUCUCUCUCCCCUCCCUCUCUGUCUGUGUUUACGUGUUUGUGGAGGAGGAGGGGGGGAAUGUGUGAAUGUAAUUAUGAAAUUCAUGUACGUAUGUAUGAGAGUGAUUCCCCCCCCGCUGUGAACAUGUCAAAAAAAGGUGUUUGUGUGCCAGUAGACGCCACCUCAGGGCUCUGUGGGAGUCACGAGCAAAUGACGCCUCUAUGAUUUUUAGAAACACACACACACACACACACACACACACACACACACACACACACACACAUGUCGCUGCUGCUGCUACUUUGCUUUCAUCUCCUGCUUAAAAGUGCAAAAAAGACCCAGCCCGUCAGUAUUUACGUCAGCGUAUACGUCUCUCGGUUGUCCAAAGGAAAAGCCAGUUGAGCCUCUGCAUCUCGAGUCCCUACAGGUGGUUAUAACGGCCUCCUGAUGCAUGUGAUAAGACAGGCUUUCCUCUUCAGUGGAUGCGUGGAACAUGUUUGCAUUAGUCACAUUUUUAUUUUUUGUUUGUGUGUGUGUCAGGUUUAAUUUUGAAGGGUAAUCUCAUGUUGUUUCCACUCCUAGGCUGCAUGCGCUUAGAGGGCUAAAAGGAGAUGCUACUGAAUGUAAAAGCAAUUUCAGAAUAACUUAACGUAAAAGUAUAUUAAAAAAACAAAAAAACAAACACCAUCGCUUCAUGUACCGGACCAAAAUGUUUCUCGCUCGUUUUUCUGUUUGUUCUUUUGGUUCACACACAGGCAAAGUUUAUUUCCCUUUUUAUUUUUGCCAAAAGGACAAAAAAAGAAGAGAGAUUCAUGUAACAACCUCUUUGUAAUGAAAAGCAUUCAUGUUCAUAAAAUCAGUUGGUUGCUUCUUAA